GGAAUUCAAAUUAUAGGCAGGGCCGUGUUAAAAGAAAAACCUAUUAACAAUAAAUCCAGGCUUCCAACUGCAGGAUUAGAAGAGGGAAAGCCAAGAGAGAGCAGCGAAAGGAGGGGCUUGAAACAGGAGCGACAAAGAUUUUGCCAGCCUCUCAGACUCCCCAGCCUAGAAAGGACAGGGCGGGGGUUGGGGGAAAAUUGAGUCGAGGCUCCCCAUUGGCUCCAGAGCGGGCCCCUGGACUUUCUAUAAAGGGCAGCUGCAGAAAGCCGGCUCUGCACGGGCUUGGAGCUAGAGUGGCAGUGCCUGACUCCGCCCUGCCUACAGCGCCAGCCAGCCUUGGACGGAAAGACUUACAGACUGAUGACUGACUGAAGGCAAAAGAAAUUGGGUCGAAGUAAUCAUUGGCAGCAUGGAGGAGGAUCUGUGCUUGAGCAAAGCCUGAAGCCAUCUCCAGUUUGGAGCAGGUGCUGUGGGCACUCUCCAGGAGGAGCGUUUGCAGACAGCUUUCCCUGCACUCAGCUGCCCAGCUCUACGCACUUGCCCACCCUGAGCAGGUCCAGUCUUUUUUUUUCUUUUUUGGCAUUUUUUUCCUGGCAUUUCUUCCCUCUCCCUGCUCCAGACACCUUGGAGAGCACCUUAUCAGUCUUGAGCUACAGGACACAGAAUAGACUGCCUGUUUGUCUGUGGCCUCAACUUGCCCUCUCUUUUUUGAGAGCCUCCUGGGCAAGUAGCUCAGGGACCUUGCGGUCCACUGAAGGCACUGGGAUGGAUGCCCCAACCACAGAAUUGCCCCAAGGGGCUUUCCAGAGUCCUGGUACCAUGGACUACGGGGACGAGCUGACUCCAGAAGCUCUGAGUGUACCUAGUGGUUUUGAUGACUUGAUAACCUCCACCACCUCCCAGGUGCUUCAAGCUGCAUCUGCGGUGGGGCGUGCUGGCAUUCUGUCCACUAAGGAUAAGUUGCCAGAAGCAGGUGACCUGGCCGACACAUCAGGUCCCCUAGAAUUGGAAAUUGUAUCCCAGGAUGAUCAGGUGCAAUUCUGGUUAGUGGUAGGGUACACCAUAGUGGUCUUUGCUGCCAUCAUAGGCAACUGGGUCUUAAACCACAUAAUUAUGAAGUACAAGAGGGUACACACUGCCACCGGCCUCUUCGUUGUCAACAUUUCGGUGACCAACAUGAUGCUUGCUCUUCUCAGCUCUCCCUUUACUAUGGUGCGCUAUCUGUGUAAUUCCUUGGUGUUUGGAAAGAUGACAUGUCACCUCAGUCGCUUUGCCCAGUACUCAUGUGCCUAUGUAACUGUGAUGAGUAUGGCAGCUAUUUCUGUGGAUCGACAUCGGGUGAUGCUAUAUCCUUUGAAGGCCCGGAUUAGCCCCAUGCAAGGCAAUGUUUGCAUCAUUAUCAUCUGGAUUGUGAGCACCUGUGCUGCUUUGCCACAUGCAGUUUACCAGAAGCUUUACCAAGUGGAAAUUGGAAACACAACUGAGGAAUCGGCUUGCCUCCCAAGUUUCCCAUAUACUUCAAAAUCCACAUGGAAAUACCUUGACCUGGGCACCUUUCUGCUCUUUUUCAUCUUGCCUUUGCUGGUGCUGGUGGGUGUCUAUGGCCAUGUGGCUAAAAAGCUAUGGAUCCAUGAUGCUGUUGAUGACAUCAAUAUCCACACUUACAUCUGCCAGCGUGGGAAGAAGAAGCAGACCCUGAAGAUGCUGAUGACAGUAGUGCUUCUCUAUGCUAUCAGCUGGCUCCCCCUUAACAUCUACCUGGUACUACUGUCCAGUGAAUCCAUCUCAAGCCACAAUGGUCUCUACUUUUUCCUCCACUGGCUAGCAAUUAGUAGUUCCUGCUACAAUCCCUAUAUCUAUUGCUGGCUCAGUGAUAGCUUUCGCAUUGAAGUUCAGAAGGUCAUUAUGGAAAUCCAGAAGAUGUUUUUAGAUAAAAUCAGCCGCCUCAGGGGAGAGCAUCGCCGACUGAGCUCUGUAUCUCAUACCCACCCACCUGCUUCUGUGGAUCCCAAUCCAGGAGUGCCCAAAUUCCCACGAUUCAAAGAUUUUGAUGAGCUGCCCAGUCCCCCUCCCUCUCCAGCAGUGGAAAUCUCCUUUCUCCACGCAAUGCCUAGAGUUUAAGCUGCCCAGACCGCAAGUGACUAUCAGUAAAAUAUUUAAGCUUAUGGAAAAUUUCAACUCAACAGAAGAGAGGAGGAGGAGGAGGAGGAGGAGGAGGAGGAGGAGGAAGAAGAAGAAGAAGAAGAAGAAGAAGAAGGAGAAGAAGAAGAAGAAGGAGAAGAAGAAGGAGAAGAAGAAGGAGAAGAAGAAGAAGGGAUACCUGUCCUUUCACUGCCAUUAGUCUGGAUACAAUGUUAUUAACAUUCUUUGGACAGCAUCCAUGAUUGCAUGUAUCAAGAUGAUACCAGAAUGAGAAUCGAACUUGUGGUCCUCCUCAGUUUCCUCUCUUCUUCUUUGCCUCUUCCUCAGUAUCCUUGGCCUCCCCCUGGUCUUUCCUUACCCCUUCCUAACCUUUGUCCAUUUCUUCUUGUUUGUUCCUGUUCCGACUUCUAUUCAUCCUUCUCCUCUUUCAUUUCCUUCUCUACUUCCAUCUCUUUUUCACUCUUGUCUUUCUUUCUGUUAUAAAAAUCUCAACAAUAACAAGUUAUUCAGUCUCUACUGAGAUAUCUCCUGGUUGGUAAGGUAUGGACAGAUUUUUAGGAUCAGGAAAUGAGGUGAUGAGAGUCAGCCUUCAGCUAUUCUGUUUUCACUUAGUGAAAAGAUGUGGUUUUCUGGGGGGUUCAGAACUUCAAAAGUUUCUAGCAAAUGACCAUACUUGCUAUAGUGUUGUAUCCCUUUUUAGAUCAAGGACAAAUUUGGACAAAGACAUAAUUCAAGUUUAAAUCACUUUCUUUCCAUUGCCUUUUUUAUGUGUUCUUUUAAUCCUUUAAAUCUAAUCCAUGGCCCCUGUCCUAUCAUUAAUACCCCAAUUACAAAACAAUUAAAGUGUAUGAAUACAUAUUUGGAGUAGCUUUAGGCUGAAAACAUAAGGGAAUCUUAUAUUGUGAUCAUUAUAAACUGCCAAUCCACCUGUGAUCUCCUUUUGGCUUUUGUGAGUCCUACUUUUGUGAGUAGUGAGCUCUGCUUGUGUGUUUUCCAAAUACGCUAUGUAAAUACUUAUGAUUACCUUAAGGACAGAUAUAUGUAUUUCCUUUUCACUCACCAUUUGGUACAAUAGAUAUUUCCCAGGAUAAUGGACUGUCUGCUUAUGGUUCUGCCUCCCCACAUGGAGAAGGCAAAGUUGAAUUUUGCUUGAGAAAGCCAUGUUUAUUAGAAGCAUUGUCCCUAGCUCUGAUAGCCUUCUUCUCCAGUUUAGACUUAGGAGAAAUUUGGAUAAAAGGGCUUAUCGUUGUAAGUUAAAUGAGUAUUGUGCUAUUAUACUUUAACCUAGUAUUCCACCCUUCUUAAGAAAGCACUUCCCCACCCCUAUCCCUAUUCUAUACAAAGAAUCAAAUUUCUUUCACCCCCAGUAAGGUUUGGAAUCUGGAAUGUUCCAUGCUUGACAGAUAAUCCAACUUCAAUGUUUGCUGCUGACUUGGCUGGUAACUCUACAGACCCAGAACAUUAUACAAUAGUUUUGGUGAUUUAUGGAAGUUUGACGAGUUAGGCAUAGAAACUUCAUGUGGGCCUUUGUUUAGACAUUUUCCGGCAGCAACUGAUCUGAAUUCAGUACCCAGCCAAGUCUGAGGGUGCUACCAUUGUAAGAAGUUUCUGGCUGAAGGGCUCAUUUGGUUGGAACAUGGUGAUAAUGAGCUCUAGAUCCUAGGCUCUAACCCAUGUGCAGCCAUUUAGCUCUGUGGGUUCAGGAGUAGUGCUAAAGAACUGUGGUUACAUGGUUUCAAUACAAAGACUGCACCACUCACCCUAGCCACUCUUUUUCCUAACAACAUUUAUCAGCCCCCUGGAAGGCCCAGGAAAACUGUUGUGUAAAUAUUACUGCAAAAUUUGUUUUCACUUCUGGAGACAACAGUUUAUAGUACAUCCCUUACUGGCUGUGUGUUAGUAGUGUCAAAUAAUUAAGAAGGCAUCACUUUUGAAAUGUUUAAAUGAACAAAGAGAGCAUAGCAGAAAUGACUGACAAGAAUAAUUGCUAAAUUCUCCCCUUUUACAAAUUCAAAUGCAUGUGUUACAUGUGUUAAAUACCAAGACACUGUAUCUCGGUACAAGGUAGGUUAUUUGGAGAAAUGCUUUGACGAGAGUAAGCUCUACAUGUAGUCUGUCUGAUAUUCAAACUUAAAAGGGAAAUUUGGAGUGGGGAAUUCCUCUUUUGGCAUAGUUAUCUGGGAUGCUGGUAAUCAUGUUUUGGUCACUGUAUAUGUGACAUACACAUUCUUUCUCUCGUGUUUUGAGCUUAUAUACGCUUUCAGUGUAAAAUUCUGUGUAUCUUAUGAAUUAAGGUAUCUUUCCGCACUGUCACAUGUAAUUCUAGAAAUGCAUAUGGACAGUAGCAUAAAUAUAUAAGUACAUACACAUAUACAGUAUAGCAUAUUAGCACACAUAAUCUACCACAACUUUCUUGAUUCUAAAGAAUGUCAAAACAUCUAGACUCUGAGGCAAAGUUUCACUGAUGGACAUACUGUUGUCAUCUACUACACAUGGUGAAAAAAAGGAAAUACACCAGAUAUGAUCUAUAUGAGAUUAAAAGUGACGUUGUUUAGACUGAUACUUCUUCUUCACAGACUUGUAUGUGUCUAUUUCAAACUUAUUUCCCUUAUAAUAGUGAUAGUAAUAUCUUGUGUGCAACUUUGUAUAUAAUUCUCAAAAUAAGAUCUUAUGAUAUUUAUCAACAAGUAUUCAUUUUCAAGAUUUUACUCUGCAUUGAAAAACUAAACACCGUUGAGGGGGAUUAUUUAAAUUUUCAGCUUCAGAUACGGAGUUCUUGCAGUUUAGAAUAUGCUUGUUAAUAAAGAAAAGAUGAGCCUUAUCUGGCUGCUCAAGGUGCACAUGGAGGAAACAGUGUAGAUUAGCCUGGUAAGAUUUUCAUGACGUAAUAUAUGCAGGCCCCAGUGAAAGUAUCUGUGAGCAGAUUUAUGCAAAUUAAUGUAUGUUAAUUGGAUUAGUUGAAAUGUAACAUCUAGAAUGAAUUUCCUGUUCUUUCGUGAUGAGACCUCCUGGAAAUAAAGUUUUCCAGUUUAUUUUUAUAGAAAGAUCUUAGAAGGCACUUAAUACAGAGAUACUGUGCCUCAUGGCUUUUGAUUUCUAAGAUUUUCCAGUCAGUGGCAGGAAGUCUGUGUUAAAAGUUGAGAAAGUGACUACUGAAUUUGUAAUUUUAUAAAAGAGGCUGUCACUCCUUUUGUAUCUGUAACUUAAUGCAGAGGACAUUCUGUGUAAAAACUAUUCAGAAAUAAAAAUAUCUAAAUACAAAAAAAAAAAAAAAACAGAAAAAAAGUCUUUAAACGUAGAAUCUAUAUUGUGGUUAGUAAAAUUUUAUCCAUCACCUGGGUGAGCAGUAUCCCUCCCCCUUGAACUGUAACUGAACUUGAUGAUACUUUAAUGGCUUUCAGCUUUUCAGCUUUGCUCACAUGCUUCGUGAAACUAUGGAAAAUAUUCAAAAUACAUAGGCGUAUUACACACUUGCUACUUGAUUCAAACCUAGCAGUGAUAUGGACUGUGUGGAACGACACCUUCUGGGAGAAAGAAUGUGACAAUGUCAAACUCUACUCAAAUGACAGAGGAAAUGAGGCUCCCUGAAGUGAUAUUGAUGAAUUACAUCUUGACAAAAGGAAUGAAGGAAGUCUUACCAUGCUACAACAGGAGAAUGAACAUUAUUCCUACCAUUAUGCUUGUUACUUAUUUACUUGUCUCUGUUGCUUUAAAUAUUAUCUAUUAAUGUUGUUAUUUCUCUCUACCCUAAUUUAAUGUUUGGCUAUGUAUUCUAUACCGAAGAGAGGAGGGGCCAAAGGGGAAGGGGUAUUGUGGUUGUAGGGGUAUGGAACUAGUAGUAGAUUAAGACAUAUAUAUUUACAUAAAUGUGUACUAAAUAAAACUAUUUGUU